UGCCACACUCUGUGCAUGAACUUGAAGGUUCUGAACCGGCACCGUGAAGUUUUCAUGCAAUUGAUCAAUGACAAGAACUCUCUGCCUUAUCCGAAUUCGGAAGGGGGCCUUUAAUUUAGAGUGGCCACAGCAAUUUACCGCAGUAACGCAUUUCUACCAGCAACCAUUAUGUCUCCCAUCUCCAGCCAGCCCAAUGCGAGCACUAUGGACGUGUAUGGUCCUCUUACAACCGAUGAGAAGAGAAGUCCUACAUGUCAACACAAUGACCACAACCUAAAUUACCCGUGUGAAUGCCCUUCAGCAUCACAUCGUGCUUGCCACAAAUCGAGGCUGCGGCGUAUCAUCCUGCCUAUAGCGCUUUCCCUUCUAUCCAUAGGCGCCUUUCUUAUCAUUUCCCACUGCUCGGAAAUUGGUGAUCUGUUAGAAGCCCUCGGACUCAAUCACGGUCAUGUCAGUGGCGUCUUGCACAAGCGCCAAACUACUACGGGUAGUAGUUUUACUUCCAAAAAAUUAUACCUAAUUAUUAUUUUUGUCGGCCUUUUUCUCGUCCUGCUAGCCGCUAUAAUGCUCAGUUUCUGGUGCUGCAAAGGCUCCUUUGAGAAUCCCCUGUGUUGCCCAUGCUACUUGUGUGCAUGUUGUGGUGGCCUCGCAUGUUUGGAGUGUAUCGGCUGCGGCCUCUGCGCCGCUGGCCUUGAUGAAGCGCUAUAGUUACACGCCGCCCUAACCUCUCCAGUGAUCUGAACCUGUACUUUGUGGUUACAAUCAUUCUCGCGGGCGUAUUUGACCUAUGAUGGACAAGUUAAUGUACU